AUGGCUGCACAAGAGCAGGAUAAAAUGAGCGUCGUUACAGAUCUGUCUAACCAAGUUUCUCAGAUGGUUAUUGAAGAGGUCAGUGCCAUUCAGGAGAACCUGGAGAUCGAGAGAACAUGUAGAGAAAGUGCUGAAGCCCUGGCCUCCAAGUUGAACCGUCAGAACCGCUCUCUGAAGAGGAAAAGCAUGUUGCUGCUGUCCCACCUCAGCCCAGAGACCAUCACUGAGAUCAACCUUGAGGAUGAAGAGGAGGAGGAGUGUAAAGUGCUACAGGAAGCCAGCAAUUUCUGUCUCUCCCUCCAGUGCCGGGCCACCAUCUCAGAACUACAAAAUACGUUGGAGUUAACACUAAAAGAGAAAAGGCAAGCAGAAGCUGAUCUUGAGGCAGUAAGACAACAACUGAGGGAAACCAGAGAAGAACUGCUGAAAGAGAAACACGGUAACACUGCUUUAUUUGCUGAGACAGUACUGCAAAAGAAGCUCCUGGGGAAAUAUAACAGAGUAUCUCAGUUUGCUGUGGAGGAAUACGAGGCCUUACAGGACACCUUAAACCUGGAGAGGGAUCUGAGGACAGAGGCAGAGAGCAUUGCCCGAGCAAUGCUGGUCGAGCAAAAGAAGCUGAAGAGGCAGAGUCAGAUCCUAAUGCAGAGCUCCUUGCCCAGUCAAGCUCUGCAGGAAGCCCUCAGCCAGGUCACCAGACUGACCCAGGAUCUGGAGAUACAGAGGCUGGAGCACCAAAACCAGAUAAAGCAGAUGGAGGACCGUCUGAGGAACUGUGAGGCUCAGAGAGAGCUGACAGCACUGAGGCGUAAACUGGAGCUCGUGGAGGAGGAGAAGAACGAGUACAGCGACAAAUGCUCCAAGGCUGAAGUGGAGGUCAAGGAUCUGCGCUUUACAGUUGAGGAGCUCCAAAAGAAACUAAAUGCAGCUACCAACCCGACCCCGACUCGAGCUCCGGCACCUCCCCCGCCCCCACCACCUCCACCUCCUCCAGCCCCAGCUCCGGCCUCCAACCCGCUCAGCACACUGCUGUCAUUGAUCCGAAAGAGAAGAGACAUCAGUUCUGACAUCCCACUGGUGGUCCAGGACUCUGCCAAGACACCAGAAGUGGACAUCAGGCAGCAGGCAGUGGGGGAAAUGAUGCAAAGGAUCAAGAAAGGCGUUCAACUUCGACCUGUCAGCCAAUCACCUAAUAGGACCAGGAGACAGAUGGAGAGACUGCCCUCUAAUUCUGCCAUUCAGGAACUUAAAGGAAUUAUGGAGAAUUUCAAUAGAACCUCCCCCCAACUAAAGGCAGUGUCUCCGUCAACAAACCGUGACGAGGAACUGCAGAGGAUCCUGCUGAGGCGGCGGGAUGCACUGGAGUAGCGCAAGUCUCCAUCCCAUUCUCUCCCCAGCAGUGUGAAGGGUGCCACGAGCCCAAGGUUGGCCCUGACACAAGUAUCCACCUACACACACUGGAUGUGGGUGACGGAAGAUCACAUAAUGCAAAAUCAAUAUCUAGCAUUUUAUUUUAGUGUGUAGACACAUAGCAUUUAAAAUAUUAAUUUGACUGUAUUAUGAGGAGUCAGUACUACAGUCAGAUAGGUCUUCAGUGGAUCUCAACAUCAGAAAAAGAAUCAAGCCAGAGGUUACACAGAAUGUGGACUAAGAGCACAAGUGUGUCAGUGAUACAUUGAGGCCAUUUGAUUUCCUUGAAAUGAAAGAUGUGUAUCCCACCCCACCUUUUUAAGGUUCAUUCAGCUGUUCUAAGGUAAAGCCCAGUUUUUUGUUUGGAUUGUGAGGAACAGUGGAGCCGGUUAUGCAGCCUUGAGCUUUUGCCUAAACAGAGUAUGUCUCUGAAUUGUUCAGUCUAGACCAGAAUUAACCUUGUAGCCUCCCAGUGAGCAGUACAGACUACUGUGGCAGACUUUGUUUCCACUGUUCCGCUCCUCACUCACACUUACACCCCCCAUCCUUUAUGUAGGGCACUGCCUCCCCUCUGCUGCCUCUACCCUCCAGUUUGUACUACCUGUCCUGCUUUAGAAUGGAUGUCAAGCUUUGGCCAUGUCACUUCGAGAAUACAGGGCAAAUCAAGGGACGAACACUUGAGAUGCACUGAUGGCGAGCAUUUAGAGCAAAAACAGAACAGCUGUAUUAAGGCAUGCAUUGGUCUCCAUGUAACAGUGAGAAGAAUAUAAUUAAAAAAGGCCAGUCAUUUAAUAAUUUAAUAUAGAUUCAUAUGUUAUCAGGAUGUUCAGACACCAAAUAUGGAUAGAUUUUUUUUCUUUUAUUUUCUUUUUAAACCUGUCUAUGGAUAGAUUUUACAACUCUGGAAGUUAUCACAGCAGCAAUAAUUUUAUCCUGCAUCUCAACAGACAAAUGCAAAGAGAUUUUAAGAGAGAUGUAAUUUUGCCCAGAUUACAAUUUAAUCAACAUAUAUAGACAGAACAGACAGAACAUGUACAUAGACAGAACAUGUCUAUUGAACCAUUUAACAACAGUUAAGUCCAAAAUGUUGAAAGUAUCAAUAAAAUGUUCACUGACACUGUA